AUGAAUCACCCUUCCACCCACCCGUCUACUCUCCCACGCACAUCUCUCCUUCCCCUUUCUUCUCGCUCCUUCACAUCCCUGACCCUCCCCUCUCUCCCCAAGUCACCCUCCCACUGUCAUCCACGUUUUCUUUGCUCAGACAGACCCUCUUACACUGGGCCUCUCUCACCCUCCACCCAGGUGACUUUUGAUUCGACUCAAAAGUCACUGGGCCUCUCUCACCCUCCACCCAGUGCGUGUGAUAGAGAGUGGGAGAGGGAUUGCGAUGUGCAGGUGGGUGCUCUGUCUGGCGCUGCAACGCCAGUGGUGCACGGGGAUAUGGGAGUGGAGUGGAGUGGCAGGCAGGUACAUUCUGCGGUUGUGACUUUUGAGGCGCCUCAAAAGUCGCCAGUGGUGCACGGCAAUAUGGGAGUGGACCUUUGUCGAUUACUCCCUCCCUCGGUGCCCUCUGUCGCCCUCUCUCUCUCGCCCUCUGUCGCCCUCUCUCUCUCGCCCUCUGUCGCCCCCUUUCGCCCUUUCUCGCCCUCUCUCGCCCUCUCUCGCCCUCUCUCGCCCUCUCUCGCCCUCUCUCGCCCUCUCUCGCCCUCUGUCACUCUCUGUCGCCCUCUGUCUCCCACCUACAUGGUCCACCCAUCCAGGCUGGUUUCAAACAACAACCUUUCAGGUGCUAUCCCCCCGUCCAUCUCUGGCCUCUCCCGGCUUCUGGCUCUGUAUGUGUCCCCCUCGCUUCUGGCUCUGUAUGUGUCCCCCUCGCUUCUGGCUCUGUAUGUGUCCCCCUCGCUACGCGUCCUCCCCUCACUGCACGUCCCCACCUCCCUUCUUGUACACAUCCGUUUGUUGGUGACUAGGCUAGGCACGUUGAGGCGAGGUGACAUCACAAGGAUGCUAGACGGCAACGCAUUGGAGUCUCCCAUCCCGUCAAGCUUGAGUGGACUGACGGCGUUGAAGAGCAUGGAUGUGAGCAAGAACAAGUUCUCGGAGGACUUUCCGACUGUCCUCACCCGGAUGACACGAGUGAAGCACAUGAAGCUUGGCAGAAAUGACUUCACGGGCAGCAUCCCUGCCUCUAUCACCUCUCUCGUUUCCCUCACCUACCUUGAUCUAGGCUACACGUUGCUAUCGGGCACAAUUCCCACGGCCAUCACCAAAAUGCAACACCUCUCUCGCCUCGACCUGCAAAUACCAACACUCACGGGCUCCGUCCCGGCCUCCAUGGGCGCCAUGCUUAAUCUGCAGUACCUCUAUGUCAACUACGAGGCGACGCCAUGCGGUUACGGGGAGUGCGAGGUGGUGCAGUACUCUGGCACAGCCUUCUGCCGUGCCUGCACUGACUUCUGCGACACGUGCUCUCGCAGGGGUGAGGAGGAGGGAGAAGAGAUGUCCUGA